AAACCACUUUUAUAAAUGUGUUUGUUUUCGCUUAGUGUCAUAUUAUGUUAUGAGUUAUCUUUACCGCUUCAGUUGUUUCUUUUUACCGCUUCUUAGAACGGAAGACUAUUUUACAUAAUAAUCAUAUUAGUUUGAGUGGAUUGAGCUAUAUUAUAGACAAUAUUCCCCUGAGUAAACAAAAGGGAUUUCGGACACAUAAACAAAAGUAACAGUUUUAAACGUUGUGGCAAUUUUCUAGUGUCAUUUUCAUAUAGACAAAUACGGAUCGAACAAGAUAAUUGCCGCGGUCAUGCUUUUGAUUCCCAUCCUGAUGUUUCUGCGGCCAUGUCUGAUCUCAGCCCAGGAUAUUCGACUAGUAAAUGGAACAACACCUAGCCAGGGGCGUCUCGAGGUCUUCUACGACAACACAUGGGGAACAGUCUGCGAUGACUACUUCGACGAUAAGGAUGCGAUAGUUGUUUGUCGCAUGCUGAGAUUCUCUGAUAGGAACCUGUCCAAGGUUGCAGUCCGGACUGAGGCCGCUUAUGGGCAAGGUACCGAUCCAAUAUGGCUGGAUGACGUACAUUGUGAUGGUUACGAGACGAGUUUGUUCAACUGCCCAGCAAGCUGGCGUAACCACAACUGCAAUCAUGGCGAAGAUGUCGGAGUGGAUUGUGACCUUAAUCAAUCUGUUUCGAUAACUGGCAAUCAGCCGGUGAUUGAAAACAGCAGCUUAUCUCUUCGGUGCCAACUGUCAGCAUGUUACUCAUAUCAAUGUACCUACAGCUGGACUUCAUCGAAAGCGAUAUCUGGAAACACAUCUCAACAAAGCCUAACGUUUGAAAAUAUAACACGAGACUGGAAUACAGCAACAAUUUAUUGCCAUGUCAACGUCACUUCGCCUUCGACAGUCAUCGUUGGGUCAACCACAAUGGACGUGCAGUAUGGACCAUCGUCAGCCACCGUAUCAGUCAGUAGUCCGUUGACUGUGACUGAGAAUACAUCGUUCCCUACCGCAAUCACGUGUUCAAGCCCCGCCUGCAACCCUCUCUGCAACGCCAAUUGGUUCAACGGCUCGACCAAAAUACUUAACACAACACUGUUUAGUACACCGAUUAGUCGAUACUUCGCGGGAUCGUACAUUUGUAAUGUUUCCAAUGCAGUUGGAAUUUGGACUACACAGCUUGAUGUCAUCGUUAACUAUGGACCAUCGUCAGCCACCGUAUCAGUCAGUAGUCCGUUGACUGUGACUGAGAACACAUCGCCCCCUACCGCAAUCACGUGUUCAAGCCCCGCCUGCAGCCCUCUCUGCAACGCCAACUGGUUCAACGGCUCGACCAAAAUACUUAACACAACACUGUUUAGUACACCGAUUAGUCGAUACUUCGCGGGAUCGUACAUUUGUAAUGUUUCCAAUGCAGUUGGGUUUUGGACUACACAGCUUGAUGUCAUCGUCAACUAUGGACCAUCGUCAGCCCCCGUAUCAGUCAGCAGUCCGUUGACUGUGACUGAGAACACAUCGCCCCCUACCGCAAUCACGUGUUCAAGCCCCGCCUGCAACCCUCUCUGCAACGCCAACUGGUUCAACGGCUCGACCAAAGUACUUAACACAACACUGUUUAGUACCCCGAUUAGUCGAUACUUCGCGGGAUCGUACAUUUGUAAUGUUUCCAAUGCAGUUGGCUUUCGGAUUACACAGCUUGAUGUCAUCGUUAACUGUCGACGUACAGAGGGCCAAGUUUUUGUAUAGCGAAACGAAAUCCUAAUACGAUAAUUAUACAUACAUUUUUGGAGUAUAACGUCUGUAGCCUUUUAAAACUCGUUUGAUGUCGAUUAUUCUUUACGAUUAAAUAUUAUGUUUUUAAAUAAAAGACGAAGACGAAGA